AUGGAUUCGGAUUCGGAGCCUGAAAGUGCCCGCAGGGAACGGCCGUGGCUGUACGCAUGGAACCGCAGACUCAGGCAUCUACAAAGCAUAUCCAUUCGAAACUUGGCCGUGACGCCUCUCGCGACUCGGGCUCGUGGCAAGACCAUUGAUGACGACGACAUCCCUAAUACCUUAAAGUCAGCCUCGAAGAUCCUAUCGCAGGAUGGAAGUCAUCAUCUACACCCAUCGAAAUCAUUUACCGAUCUUAAGUCGAAGUCACAUACGACCAAAGACAACAAUGCAAACAAAGAGCCUGCGAUGCGUCCACGUCGCCGAAGCACCCUAUUUUGGAACGACCCCAAUCCUCGAACUCGGCAGGUCAAACUCGAGGACAUAGUCAAUACCCGAAUGGUGGAUUCGUUUUUCUCUCUUCACUGCGACGGCAUCGAAGAGCCGGUCUACAUCAGCGAGGUGGUCGAGCGUGCAAACAACCCUAGCUUCCAGGCCUUUGAUCUGAAUCUAUGUGGCCCACAUGUCUCCCGGAUGGAUGAGUUGACUCUGAAGAUCUGGACAAAAACGGCAGAAAUGCCACAACAUAUCUUGUUGGUUGAAAUGCAGGUUCAUCUACGAUCAUUGCAAUUCUUGGGGAAAACGCUUGAGAGCUUCCAUCAACCUCUCCCGGCAAACUCGAUCUUGUUCCACUUCUCCGACGGUGUUUACAGUAACCUGACUGAUUUGCCACCGACCGAAACACCACUGCAGACUACUGGACAAAAGGUCGCUGCAGGUGGUACUGUCUUACCAUCCUCCCCCUAUGAUGCUUUGAUGAAGUUGGCCAACUUGGAUGAGUGUGUGCAAGAUGCACUGGCCACCAGACAAAAGCUGGAAGCGCAGAUCAGCUCCAUAUUGCAACAGAAUGAGGGUCCAAUGAACACUGUUAGCGCCGCUGCCGAGUCGCUAGAGAAGCUCGCUCUCACCAAAGGCUAUGUUGCCAUGGAGCGUAAGCGAGUGCGUGCAGCAACGAAACACAAGGAAGAUUUGAUUGCAAGCAUCAAGGCCCGAAAGCAAGCAAUGGAGCAAGGUCGCACUAGCCAAGCCAAGAUUCACAGUCAUCUUCCCGAAGCCCAGGAGCGGCUGGUAUCAAGCGAACAGUUGCUCAACCAAAACGCAGAGGAAAUGAAAGGUCAGACUCGACGGAUCGCGGAGGAUCUCCUCACGGUAUAUCCCAUCGAGCCCAUUUCUGACAAGCCUCUCGCUUUCACCAUCGCAGGGCUUGCCCUCCCGAACUCUUGCUUCGAGGACAUUGAUCGCGAGGUAGUGGCUGCGGCAUUGGGACACACGGUACACUUGGUAUAUUUACUGUCUUUUUACCUGUCAGCUGCCCUGCCGUAUCCAGUCAACGCAAAUGGGUCGACAUCAUUUAUCCAGGACCCCAUCUCUGCCUCACUCUCGGCACGCACAUAUCCUCUUUACCCGGUCAGUGUGCAAUACCGAUUUGAGUAUGCAGUUUUCCUUUUGAACAAGGACAUUGAGUAUCUUCUCAGUAAGAAAGGCUUGCGUGUGCUGGACAUACGCCAUACUCUUCCCAACCUCAAAUACCUCCUCUAUGUGUUGACGGCGGGUACCUCGGAAAUUCCCGCCCGCAAAGCCGGUGGUGUUCGGGCUCUUGCUGGACGGUUGACUCCAGAUCUCUCCAGGCGUGGCAGUAUAGACAGUGCAGCGUCCGGGGAGCUUGUACAGCCACGCAAAGCCUGGGAGUCGGUUUCCAAGAUGAAUGUCAGCCUUGCCCCGGACAGGGUCAAGAAGUCACUGUCAAUGGUGGCUGAUGCGUGA